AUGUCGCAAGUCAUCGUAUUCGUGAGCGGAGCCACCGGUCAACAAGGCGGUGCCACAGCGCGUGAGCUCGUUACUGCCGGAGUCCAAGUACACGCGCUUGCCCGGGACCCGUCCUCAGAGUCAGCCGUGGAGCUCCAGCACCUCGGGGUGCGGCUCUUCCCCGGCGACUAUGACAAUCUCUCCGCCCUGAAAGCAGCGAUGGAGGGCGCGACAGCCGUCUUCCUGAAUGUGUCGCCCAUGCUGUCGGACCUCCGAGGCGAGGUGGUGCAUGCCAAGAACAUCCUCAACGCGGCGAUCGCAUCCGGCACCGUGACCAGCAUCGUCUACUCGAGCGUGGCGAUGACCGGACAGCACGAGUCGUUCCCCAACUGGGGCCCCGAGUACCCGCCGCGGUGGUACUGGGAGAACAAAGCCGACAUCGAGGCCAUGCUGGUCCAGCAAAAAGCCUUUCGGACGGCCUACAGGCCCGAGACGGCGAUGACGGUGCUGGCAGCCGAGGACGUGGGCAGGUUCGCGGCGGCGGCCCUCACCGACCCGCGCGCCUACCACACCCACGAGAUCGACCUGGGCGGGGAGGAGAUUCAGCUGGAAUUCUACAGCGAGGAGGAAGCGAAAGCCCUGGCCGAGAGGGAUCCCAGACUCUACGCCCAACUGUGGACAAAUGAGGUGGGCUACCAGGUCGAUUUCACGGCCCUCGAGAAGUACCCGAUUCGCUUGACGAGGUUCGCGGACUAUCUUGACAAGCAUCGCGACGAGGUUCGCGCGAUGUUCAAGUGAGCAUGUUGUUCUUUUCUAUGCCUGUUACCUGUAAAGGGCAGAUGGCGGAUCGGUGAUUGAUUUCUUCGGACAGCGCAGCCUUUGCAAUUUGACGUGACCGAGCGCAUCGAGCCCUACCUGUGAUUCGGAGCAUCUGUUUUGUUGGAAAGCUAAUAAUUGGGGGAGGCCUUUGAUGAUUGCUUUUUCGGGGGAAAGGUGUAUUUCAACUAGAAGCAAUGCUCCAGUUAUGUCAUUUAGCACAGCUGGCCAACCACGGUGCCAAAUCUACUUGGGUGAGCAGUGUGAUUACCGAAGAAACAAACAUGUUUCUGUCUAACCUCAGCAUGGAGAAAGUGGAAAGCA